AAGUCUGGGAGUACAGUGAAAGAAGAUAGUAGGCAAAUGAUUAAGCUUGAAGAAGUAGCUGUAGUAGUCCCAGAGAAGAGUAAGCGACAGGAUGAAGAUCACAGUGAAGAUAAGGGUAAAAGGGCCAAACUAAACCACGAUAGUGUGGUAAAAGCUUUGAAAACGCAUGAAGAAGUGAUAGUCGAAAAACAAGAGCUAGUACUUCCAAAAGAAAGUGUAUUUGGAGGACCAAGUACUGAGGAUGGGAAGAUGCAAGUUAAAAUGCACCAAGAUACAGUGGUUGUAAAGUCGAUGCAUGUAUUAGAAGUACCGGCUGAAUUAGAAGUUAGUAAAGAAAAUGAUAGAUCAAUGAAUAGUCAGUCAGCAGAGCAUCACACAAAUAAUAGGGUAGUCAAGUCUCAAGUUGCUGAGGUAGCAAUGAAUAAAGGUAGAAAAUGGAAGAGACAGCAAAUAGCAGAGAGGGUGUUUACGAGCAGUGCUGUGAUCAACAAAGAAAAUAGCAAUCCCAAGGUUGAAGAACCGACAACAAAGCCAAAAGGAGAACAAGCCAAAGACUUAAACGAAGAGAUUAAACUCAAGUUUCAAUUUAAAACUGGUACUUCUAAUACAUGCGUCGACUUUACAACCAUUGUAUCUUGGUGCAUUUUAACUUGCAUCUUCCCAUCCUUAGUACUUGGUCCUCCAAAUACACUUUCUUUUGGAAAUACUAGCUCUUGUUUUUCAACUACCACUUCUUCAUGCAUUUUCAAAGUUUUUGCCACAUUAUCGUGGUUUAGUUUGGCCCUUUUAUCCUUAUUUUCACUGUGA